AAGUUAUCCAACAUCGAUGUUUCUGAAUUUAUUGUCGCAAAUGAUAUUAGAAGCGAUAGCGAGUUAAUAGUCGUUGCAAAAACUCGUCAUUCUGAGGGCGAAAAGGAUUUGUACAAAUUUAUCAUAAACAAAUCUUCAAAGUCUCUAUCAGAACUCUUGGACAUGACUUGGAAAAUGAAUGACGCUUCCAAAAAUGUCCAAAGAGCGAAAGAAUCAAGAAUAUCAAUCCUUAGAGCUCAUCUCGAAAGCGAAUGUUUACCUUUGUGCAACGGAGAGUGGUUGGUGUGUGCAAAACAAGUCCUACAUCAAAAUGGAGUUAAUUUAUAUUACUUUGCUUCAGCCUUGCGUCAGCUUCUUGAGACGGGAAGACAGAAGCGAUUGAACGUUUUGCUCAUUGGUCCCACAAAUUGCGGAAAGUCAUUUCUUCUCAAUCCUCUGGAGUUAAUAUACAAAACGUUCAUAAAUCCUGCUCCGGGAAAGUAUGCUUGGGUUGGAUUAGAGGAAUGUGAGGUCGCAUACUUGAAUGAUUUUCGAUGGUCACUAGAAUUGAUCGAGUGGAGUGACUUUUUGUUGCUACUGGAAGGGCAGACAGUUCAUCUUCCAAGGCCAAAGAAUAUGUUUGCCACUGAUUUGUGUAUUCCACGAGAAAACACCAUCCCAAUAUUCGCUACCAGUAAGGGGCCGAUUGAGUUUUUGGGGAAAUAUAAUAGUCGUGACGAGCGUGAGAAUGAUAUGAUGUCCUCCAGAUGGAAUAUAUUUAAGUUUAGCGUCCAAAUUCCGUCAAAUGAAAGUAAGGACAUACCAGCAUGUGCUCGUUGCUUCAGCAAUCUAGUCAUGUCUGGAAGUGAUGUUGAAUAA